GCCGAAGAAAUAACAAAUAUGGGAAUUUGCAUCUGGAAUCGUUUUUAAAACUUCAAACAAAAUUCUGGGCACAAGCACCAAUUGGAUGUUUGCAAUAUUAAAUUCUUGGUACGGAUAAUUAUUGAUUUUUUCUCUUACAGCUUUGGGAGUGUUAACAUUGUGUAAGAAGUGAAUCGCUCUCGUACAACCUUACGCGAGUCUAUUUAUAUUCAAUGCUGAAUAUUUUUUCAUGAUGAAGAAAUAAAUUUGAAUUGUUGCCGGAUCGAAUCAAAGCGUUUAUACCGCUAUCCCAGAAUAAAUAAACGCAUACAAACGCAUGUCACCCGAUUUGACAUCUCGUCAUUCCUGUGGUCUUUCGCGAAACACACACGGAACAACCGAUUGAUUUGUGUUAUUGUUUUUACAUUAAAAAAAAUUUGAGAAAAAAUCGCGUGGCCAUGGCGACUUUGAAGCGAGCUCAGCAAUGGGCUACAUUCGGCAGAACCUGGCAUUUGUACGAUUGCUUGUGGCAGAAUCCAUUUCAAUCGGGUAAAAUAAUUUCGACACAUUUGAAAGGAUUACACAAACCCAUCUAUCAUCCGCUUGCUGACUGUGGAGACCACGUCGUUGUUAUAAACACAAGUAAAAUCGCGUUGCCGGGUGACGAGUGGACUAAGCGUGUAUACUUCCAUCACACAGGCUAUGCCGGAGGCGCCACAUGGACAUUAGCACACGAAUUGCACGAGAAAGAUAAAACGAAGAUUAUGUGGUACGCGGUGUAUACUUCAAUGAAAGGCAAUUUGCAGCGACGACAUGCAAUGACACGUCUCCAUUUGUUCCCGGACGCAAUAAUUCCACCCGAAAUACAAGCAAAUAUCAGCAAUCAAUUGAAACAAGGUCGUCCCGUUCCAACGCGAAUCGAUGAAUAUGACGUGGAAACCAUUAAGAAUUUCCCCAAAAUCAUGGACUAUCCAAAGGAUUAUGUUGUCAAAUAAAAUGCCUUUAUAUGCUACUGUUUUAAGUAAUUUGUAGAAAUGCGAUGUUCCCCAGUAAGAAAAAAAAAAAACUAUAAAAUCAAAUAAAACGAAAAUGCUUUGUGA